CGUCCCCCCCUGCUCCGGCUCUCAAUGUUCCACACCGCCCGGCCACAGAGCCGCCGCCGCCGCCGUAGAGCCCCCCGGCCGCCUCCGUCCCCUCCUCGGGCGCCGCGGGCCCGGCCCGGCCCCCCGCCAUCCCGCCCCUCCGACCCAGCAGCGGGACAGGACGCCGGCGAAGUUCCCCACGAUGUCCAGUGACAGGCAGAGGUCAGACGAUGAGAGCCCCAGUACCAGCAGCGGCAGCUCAGAUGCCGACCAGAGGGAUCCCCCAGCACCUGAACCUGAGGAGCAGGAGGAAAGGAAACCCUCUGCCACCCAACAGAAGAAGAACACCAAACUCUCCAGCAAAACUACUGCUAAGCUAUCUACUAGUGCUAAAAGAAUCCAGAAGGAGCUAGCUGAAAUAACUCUUGAUCCUCCUCCUAACUGCAGUGCCGGCCCUAAAGGAGAUAACAUUUAUGAAUGGAGAUCAACUAUACUUGGACCUCCGGGUUCUGUAUAUGAGGGGGGCGUUUUUUUCCUGGAUAUCACAUUUUCAUCUGACUAUCCAUUCAAGCCACCAAAGGUUACUUUCCGCACCAGAAUUUAUCACUGCAACAUCAACAGUCAGGGAGUCAUCUGUCUGGAUAUCCUGAAGGACAACUGGAGCCCUGCUUUGACUAUUUCAAAGGUCCUGCUGUCUAUUUGUUCUCUCUUGACAGACUGCAACCCGGCUGAUCCUCUGGUUGGAAGCAUAGCCACUCAGUAUCUGACCAACAGAGCAGAACAUGACAGGAUAGCCAGACAGUGGACCAAGAGAUAUGCAACAUAAAUGACAAACUACUUGUGCAGUGUGAAGGUGCGGAAGGCAACUUUACAGUGUGCAACAAAUCUUUAUAGCCUUUACAAUACGGACUUCUGUGUAUAUGUUAUACUGAUUCUACUCUGCUUUUAUCCUUUUGAAGACUGGGAUAUUGCCUCCCAAAAAGGUAAAUGCUAUCAAGAGUAGAAAUUUGUAGCUGUAGAUUAGUUAUGUUUAAAACGCCUACUUGCAAGUCUUGCUUCUUUGGGAUAUCAAAAUGUAUUUUGUGAUGUACUAAGGAUACUGUUCCUGAAGUCAACCAAAUAUUAUAGUGCAUUUUAGCCUAAUUCAUUAUCUGUAUGAAGUUAUUAAAGGUAGCUGUAGAUUACUAGGAAUUAUGUCAUUUGUAUUAAACCCAGAUCUAUUUCCAAUAUGUGGUACAUGCUGUUGUGAAAACUGUUUUAACUUUUACCUUUGUCAGUUUGUAAUGAAAGGAUUUCCUUUUUCCCUUUGUAGCUCAGAGAGCACCCAGUGUAUCAUCUCAAACACAAUAAACAUGUUCCCCAAGGA